CAUCACACAACUGCCCAGGCUCGUCCAGUUCUCUUCGUUCGACGUGUCAAAAACAAGACUCGCUAAAUUAUUCUUCUCCCCAUUACGUAUCCCCACAAAACAUCUCAACUGCCGUGCAAUGAAGAAAACAGAAGAUGACUUCUUUAUCCAAGACGCGAACUGCUACGGCACAACUGACGGCGAAUUAUAGCUGCGCGCGCGUUGCCCUCCUGAAAUUCAAUGACCGAAGGCCUUUCACUGCAUGCACACUUCGGGCCAUCUCUAGCAACCCUAGCCGCCCCCCAACAUCAACGUUGGAUCCCGGAGGAGGGACCGACGCACUGCCGAGUCAAAAGCAAACAGCAAAGACUCAGAGUGGGGUGGAACCACUUGUCCCAAAUCAAAAGAAAACGCAGAAGGAGAUGGACGAGGAGCUGCGGCAGAAAAUGGAGGGGAUAUCAGGCGACGGAGGCGCGUCGGGCGUCGUGUAUGAGGAUGGAAAACCGGUUGCCAUGAAGAGGUCAGUCAGGGAGAACAUGUUUCGAUAUAUCUGAUUGGGCGAUGGAACCUGGCGAUCAUCAGGGGCUGGUCCCGCCGGCCCGGUCGAUUUGAGCAGAACACAAACAUAUUGUGGCUUCUUUUGCCAAGGGCAUUGAAAUUUGACUUAGUAUGUAUCAUAGGUGGAAUCGUCGCGCUUCUUUAA